GUUCUCGUUGCAGCAUAAGGCUUCGCAUGUCUUGCGUUUGCCUCUGUGCCUUGUCGCAGUAAACUACAUAUUCGCUCCAAUUCCGUGUAGUGCGGACACUGUUGUCGAGAUCAACAGAACGCCACCAUAUCAGCACUGGAGCGGGCUUCUAGCAUACGGCGCCUGGUACAGUGACUAACAAGCCGAAAGGACGCAUCUGAAGUUCCCGCUUGUCCCACAUCUGUGAUCUACGAACACGUCCAGUAACAGCGCAGCUUGCUUUCAGUUCACAGCAGACGUAACUCGCUUUUCCUACAUAUGGACCAAGAGACGAACCAAACGGAAAGCCUUGCGGUGAACAACCGAGCACAACAAUCCACUGCGGAUAAGUGGGACAUCAGUGACGAGCCGUUGGAUGACGAUGCUGUCGAGCUGGAUGUUGACGGUACCUUCAUUGCAAGUGUGGUCAGUGAACGCGAAUGGAUCCCUCUAUCCAUCAGAAAGCGGAUCUCGAGUGCUACUAACGGGUGCCCACCAGUGACACCCCCAAUAGAAACAGACGCUUGUCUAGAAGACCAUACCGCAUCACUGACUGUAGGGAAAUCGCUGUCUCCUCAGGAUGCGGAAAACCUCUCCCUCUCUGAGGAACUGAGCGGACAUGAUUUACUCGCUCUCGACGCCGACAAUAGCGAGCCACUACCCUUUGAAGACAUUUGUCCCAUCGUUGUAGAAUUUGUCGCCCAACAGCUGAACGAGUUCGACUGGAGUAAGCUGAAAAGGCGAAUAUGCAUGGAACAAUUAAAAUACGAUUCUCGAACCUUCCAUUGGGUACAAGACGUGAGGCACGAGAAGUUUGCUUGUUGAACCUGCAGCAUAAGUAAGGAGUGUGUGUCUGCGGUGGUAAGGUGGAAAUACGUUCCUGGUCCUGCCUUUGCUGCCGAGACUGAGGAAGUCGGGCACGCAACCAGAUGAAUUUGAGUACUGGGUUUCGGGCGGACCAAUGUGAAUUGUUGGUGUAGUGUACUCAGUGUGAGGGCAAGCACCCAACCGAAGGUAGAGCAUGUUAGGUGCAUAUCAGCCC